UCUCCCGCCGCGACUCUACUAUCCGAUUCUGUGUUUGUCGGACUUGAAAUCCGAGGGAGAGGAGCGAGCCGCCAUUUUCCGAGCGUCGCUCUCCCAGAACAACAAAAAAUAACCAAGAUAAACCUAGUAAAUAUAACCAGACGUCAUCGAGAACGAGGUUGGAAUAAAGGAAAGUGGGAAACUAUUGACAUCCGAAAACAGUCAGGCCGGAAAGGAUUCCUUUUUUCGUUCUACAACAUUAGCUAGCUAGCGAAGUCUGUUUCUUACUCGUUGUUGUUUCGCCCAUUUCGUGAUUACGAGACAAGAGCAACACGGGGUUGCUGACAACGGAGUGUUUGAGAAACGGGUUCCACUGGAAAGGAAGGGAUUGUCCCUUUUUGAUUAACUCUUGGUGCAUUUUAGUUCCUUGCUUUUUAUUUUCCUUCGAACUGCGGGGAAUUGUUGCAGAAAUUCCCCGGGACUCUGCCUCAUCACGUGGCUGUCCUCUGGCCUCGGCACUGGGAGAGGCCGCCGCGCCUGCCUCUCUGCACUGCAUGGCUGCGAUGGCGCCCGCUCUUACCGACGCGCCAGCCGAAGCUCACCACAUCCGCUUCAAACUGGCUCCCCCGUCCUCCACCCUCUCCCCGGGCAGCGUGGAAAACAACAGCAACGCCAGCAACAUCAUCAUCUCCAGCAACGGCGCUGUCAAGCGCAAGGCCCUGGUGUCCUCCGGCGAAGAGCGCUCCCUCGACUUCCGGCCUGGCGGCAAGAAGGAGGAGCAGCAGCACGACGAAGCGGCCCCCACCCCCCUGGGCAAGCUGCAGCCGCUGGUGGCCUCCUAUCUGUGCUCUGAUGUGACCUCUGUGCCCUCCACUAAGGAGUCCCUCAAGCUGCAAGGCGUCCUCAUCAAGCAGUCGGUCCUGAAGACCCACGGCAUCUUGCCCAACUCCUAUUUCACCAGCACUGACUUCCUGCCUAGGAAGCACCAGACUCUGGAGCUCUCCGGAGAGCAGCUGAAGAACCUCAUGAGUGGCAGCGGUCAGCCUGCGAUGCCCGCGACGCCCCCGCCACCCCAGGCGCCGGUCAACGGCCUGGCCAAGAAGCUGGCCAGGCCGGGCGUGGAGAGGGGCCACGUGGCCUCGGUCAACGGGGGCAGGCCUCCUACGGACCAGGAGUCCCUGCCCCAGGUGCUGCGGGAGGCCGACUCCGGCAUCUCCAGAACGGACUCUGCCAGCCGCAUCCUGCUCAAAGGAGGAGCGGAGCAGCAGCCGUCACUGGCGGGGAUUCUUCCCACCGCGGCCAACGACUCGGAUCAGCCGGCCCCCGCUGCAUCUGCCACCUCCGCCACAACCCUCGCGUCACCCGGGGGCCAUCCGGUCCCCACACCAGAGUGCCCGGGAGUGAAAAUGGACGACCGAGCCGACUGGCCGUCGCGAACAGCGAACGUGGAGGGAGUGGGCUGCGGCGGGCAGGACAGCGUCACCCCCUCUCCGGCGUGCGACCCACAGCCGGCACUCAGCACCCCGGACGCCGAAGUAAGGGACAGGACCCUGCAGAGCCAGAGCCGGCAGGGCGAGAUCGAGGGCCGGCUGCGGAGGCUGCGCAAGCGGCUGCAGGUGGUGCAGGCCAAGCAGGUGGAGCGGCACGUGCAGCAGCAGCUGGGCGGCUUCCUGCAGACCACCUUCAGCAAGCUGCCCAGCCUGGACGCACUGCGCCAGCGCAGCCCGGCCGUGCUCACGCGCAAGGCAGAGGCCGCGCUGUGGCGCGCGGCCAGCGACCCCGGCACCGAGGACGGGCUGGGCCGCUUCCUGAGGGGCGGCUCGGUGCCCGGCGAGCUGGAGCGGCUCUCCCUCAGCGGCACGGCCAACCUGCACGCGGCCGAGAGCGCCUUCGACUCGGACGCCACCGAGAGCAGCUCCGGUGGCGAGACGGACGUGGAGGAGGAGGAGCUGACCAAAGUGGACAUCGAGCAGCGCCACGUCUCGCUAUGGAGGAGAGCGGAGGGCCGCUACGCCUUGGAGAGGGCCUCCAUCGUCAGCCACUGGAACUGGCUACAGGCCCACAUCUCUGACCUGGAGUACCGCAUCCGUCAGCAGACCGACAUCUACCGGCAGAUCCGCUCCAACAAGGGUUCCGUAGAGCUAGGAGACCCGGGCCCCUGCGAGGUGCCUGUGGAGGAUGGGGUGGAGGUGAAGGUGGAGGCCAUCUCUUGCCACAUCACGCAGGACGGCGCUUCCGAGGGGGCUGAGGGCAUGGUGUCACCCCACAGCCCUGCCGCAGAACCGGGCCACUGGAACGGGAGCGGCCCUGGCCGACCGGUCAACGGUGUCAUCAGCAGCUUGCACUGCGGCUCUGCAGACAGCUCGGACACAGAGGAGCAGUUCGUCAAGAAGCAGCGGCUGACCCCUGUCCUCUCGCCCCCUGACAGCACCUGCGUGGCUGCCCGCACGCGCCCCAUCCUCAGCUGCAAGAAGCGGAGGCUGGUUCGGCCCAGCGCGGUAGCCAACCUCAGCCGCAAGGUACAGAGGAGCUCCUGGUCCCGCUGCAGCUGUACCGUCAACCCCAUGUGCGCCACCUGCGGCGGCCCUGCUGCCCCUGGCACAGACUUCCAGUACGAACGCCCCGCUCUUGAACGACUGUCCCAGUUCGACCCCUGCGUCCACCCCAUCCUCUCCUUCACUGACGACGUGUCGAUGAGCCUUCACCUCCAGCGGGUUCUGAAGUCUCACUGGCAGAACAAGCCCCUGGAGAAGAACAAGCCCCACAAGAAGCUUUCCCUCAAACACAAGAUCUCCCUCAGCCGCGUGCAGGACCCCUGCUCCUCGUCCUCCAAAGACAAACACAAGCUCCCCAACUCGCUCAUCAAUGCCGUCAGGUUUUCGCACCACAAGGCCCGGCCAGAGAAGCUGCACCGGCAGCAGCUGGACAGCUUGCUGAGUGCCUCCAAGCUGGAGGGGCGCCUGCUCUGCAAGGCAGAGCGCAGCCAGGGCCUCACAGCCGGGGCCUACGACAAGACCCACAGCCGCAAGAGGGCCCGCGAGCACUACCUGGAGAGGACGGACGCUAAUCCCAGGCUCUUCAUGGACACGGGCAGUCCAUGCUCAUCACUGGCCAACCUGCACACCCCCACCCACAGCCCCCUGAUGAGGCAGCUGUCCUCCACCUCGGAGAGCUCCGUCCCCUUCGGCCAAAAUAACCAGAGCGCCACCAGUACCCCGCAGCCCAUUCGGCGGCGAAGAGGAGAAAGCUCCUUUGACAUUAACAACAUCGUCAUCCCCAUGUCGGUGGCUGCCACCACUCGAGUGGAGAAGCUGCAGUACAAAGAGAUCCUGACACCGAGUUGGCGGGAAGUGGAUAUUUUCGCAAAGCCAAUCACUGAGGAGGAUGAAAGUGUCGAGAUCGAGGAUCUGACGGAUGCCGCCUUUGCCCAGCUGCACUUGCCGUGUGAGGAGCAGGAGCGCUCGAGGUGGACCUGGAUGGCCAGCGCUCCUGCCAAGAGGAGGGGCAGCAGGUCGUACAAGUCUCUGGACGGGCGGACAACGCCUUUGCUGGGCGGCACAAACCCCUCCACGCCCCAGCCAGCGUCCCCGGACAUGACGCACUUCCACACCCUGCACGACUACGGCCCGGUGGCCUCCCCCCGCAGCCCCGCCAGCCCGGACCUGCUGUCCAAUCCCUACACACCUGGCUCCCGCGACUCCCACCGCCUGCAUUCCAGCGAGGACACCCGCUGCUCCACCCCGGACUUCACCUUCGAGGAGCUGGUUCCCCAGACAGUGCAGCCGUGGGAGCGCAGGAAUUUCCCCCUGGCAGAGGACCCAGUCAUGGAGCCGGAGGACCAGAGCAGCCCAGAGGGUGAGCAGCCGGGACGGGCCAUGCGGCGCAUCUCCGGGAGCAAAACGGGCUGCUCCAGGUCCGAGUCUGAGAGCGGGGCGGCCUCUCCCUCACCUGACGACAGCAGCAAGCAGAAGCCUCCUGCUGUCCACCAAUGAACCAUGCGAAAAGGACACUUCCCCCCACACACCUACUGGCAUUAAGGAAAAAAAAAAGCUACAACAAAAUAUAUAUAUAUUAAAAGGAUUCCUGUUGUUUGAUAUUCAAACAUCAGUCAAAUUUUUUCACAGUUUUUAGUGAACAUACAGAAUACAGAAACCUGUUUUUAAGUUGUUUUGUCACAGGAAAAAGAUGUUAAAAAAAAAAAAAACUUUACAAACCAUUACAGAACUAGAAGAAAGGCUAAACAAUGGCAAACAUGGGGCUCUGUGUUGUUUUCUAAUGUUAGGUGUACACGUGUAGGGAACUAUGUAGCAGACUUCUGAAAGGGGAUUGUCCAAUGGGGUGUUUUUUUUUUUAUUUUAUUAUUUGAUGUCUGUGACCCCAUGUAAGUUUUAAGUGGAGUGACGUUAAGCAAAAUGGAAAAAGUGAGCCCCUCUUUUAUCCCCACAAGUAUGUCGCUACGCUGUUUCCUUUGAAGAGAACAUGCCUAAAAUGGUAUAUAUCAUGUCACUGUGCUGCAUCUUCUAAGGGUUACCCUGAGCACUUGCAUUGCAGAGCAGUUUGUGGAAAUGGUGGGGGGUGAGAGUGGGGAGUAGUAUCUCUGUACCGACAUUGUCCUGAUUCCUGAUGCAUCACCUGUAUUCUGCUAAAUGUUAUGCAGUGUUGACUUCAGCUGUCUGUUCGUUCAGCAGUCUUUAGGUCAAUAAAGUUACUAUUUCACUGGACCCCAAUGCAGUCUGCCGAGAGACGGCUGCCCUGUGUUUUCAUCAGUGAAAGAGAGAGUGGGGGGGGGGGGGGUGUGCGUGUGUUGUGGUUGCCGCAGAGUACUUGCCUCACAGAGAAUGCUGCUCCAGGCAGAAACGUGUCGCUGCAGAACCACUAUGCUCAUGGACAAAGGAUAAACUCAUACUUUGAUUUCAGAAAUGAAUCAUUGUUGCCAAACCAAAGGAACUGGGAGGGGGAGAGGCAAUGCAGUUGGCUUUUCCCUCCCCUGACCUCUCCUUCCCUCUGUAGUCUCUGUAUCAUGUACCUGUCA